AUAAAAGAUAAGAUGGUGUCAUCAGAAGUUAUAAAAAAGUAUAUCUUGAACCUUAGAUAUCAAUUGGCCUUUUUGACAUUGAUUGGAUGGGCAGUAGCACUGGCAAUAAACUUCACAGUAGUAGAGAGAUAUAGAGAGAAGGCCGAUGUAUUCUACAUCCAUCACUUCAAUAAUUCAAUCAUUCAAUCUAAUAUUAAUUCAAUAAUUAGUAUAUUCUUGGCAAUUAUUGAAACAUUUAUAUUUGGAGUUGGAGUAGCAUUCUUUUUGGGAGUUGGUCCUAGGGUAUUCUGGAUAAAGAACAAGUUGUUGAAGAAGAGGAUGAUUGGAUGUUGGGUCGCAAUAUUCUUCUUUUGCAUCUCUUGGUGGCCACACUCAACAGCACAUAGUCUAAUCAAAACAAGUUCAUUGGAUACCAGAAACAGUGAGAUCAUCAUGGAGGUUUGUUUCCAUUGGCCUCUCAUGGUCUGCUCGAUCAUCCUAGGAUACUUCCAAUUUGAUCUAAUUAUGUUGAUGUAUGAAGUUGCAAUAAUGAGAAAGAAGAUGUCUAAUGGAACUGAAGAUCCAUUGAGAACAGAGAAUUGGUAUUCCCCAAAGAAUUAUAAGUUACAUUCGGCAAUAUUAGGAUUGGCAACAUUCAUAGUAUGCAUGACAUGUCUAUUCUACUACAUGCCAAUCACAUCUGACAUGGCAGGAUAUGUCAAGUUCUUCAAUAUCACGUUCCAUACUGUUGACAGCUUCAUCACUGCUGUUGGUAUGGCAUGGGGAUACCUGAUGGUGAGAGUGAUAUAUUACUUGCCAAACAACAAGGGUCGAAAUGUAGCCAUUGUAUCCUCAAUCUGUAUCUGCUUUAACUUCCUGAUUCAGACCCCACAUCCCGUAAUCCAUUAUUUAAAGAGAGGAACAAUGACCAAUCUAAUGAUCAUUGAUUUCACAGUUCAUGUACCUAUUAUUAUUACAACAUGUAUAAUGGCCAUGUACCAGUAUAGGAUGUUGGAGUUGGCAACUGAUGGAAAGUCAUCAUUGUCAAUUGCAACAAAGAUGAGGAAUGGUAAUAAGAGUAAGACAUCUUACGAUACUGGUUCAACAAACUUUUCAGCAACUGGUGCUUCAACAUCAUCAGACAACAAGGUAUCCAUGACAGCAUCGUCCGAGGGAGUCUCAUCCAACCAAGCCAACAUGGAAGACUGUGCCACCAACAUUGAGAUGAACGACUUGUCUCCAUCAAAAGUGGAUUCAGAGAAGAGUGGUGAGGCCAUUACUCCAGACCCAUCACUUUCUGAGAUUGAUAUAAGA